GCCCCGGACAGCUCGUCCGGCAUGGACGCCGCCCGCCCCUGCUCCAGCUUUCUGUCGGAUUUGGAUUUCUGCCCCGACUGCGGCUCGGUCCUGCCCUUGCCGGGGGCCCAGGAUGCGGUCAGCUGUACUCGCUGUGGCCUUUCUAUCCACGUGCGGGACUUCGAAGAGAAGGUGGUGAGGACGUCGGUCGUGUUCCACAAACUGGGCACAGCCAGGCCUCUGUCGGCGGAGGAGGGGCCCGAGUUCCAGGGCCCCGUGCUCGACCGGCGCUGCUCCCGCUGCGGUCACGAGGGGAUGGCCUACCACACCAGACAGAUGCGCUCGGCGGACGAAGGCCAGACGGUCUUCUACACCUGCACCAACUGCAGGUUCCAGGAAAAGGAAGACUCUUGAUCUUUUUUCUGGGCAACUCAUCCUCCUCUUCUGUUCCUUGGAAGUUGAAGGAUACCAGUUCUUAGCUGCCUCGUCCACCCCUGUGGUUGCAGUGUUGGCUCCAGAAGGAUAUCAGAUCAUGUGGGGAUUACCAUUGUCUCAGAAUUUCACUCCUAGAUGAAUUUAUUAAAGUUGUAUUUUUCUAUAAUACCA